AGAGAAACAACAUCUCGAUUUCAACGUACCACCCCCGCCCCCGCCCCCGCCUCCAGGAAUGGUCGUCAUAAACCAGGGCAGGGGACGCACCCUUAGCCGAAGUUCCAGCAUCGAUUCUUACCGAUCAGACAGUUCGCUAGUCUCGAAGCACAUGGCCGAGCGUGUCGGGAGCCACAGAGAUCUUAUACCCCCGCGAUACUCUGGGGAAACGGAUCCGGAUGCUGAUAGGAUUGUGAGGAUACCUAUACUCAAGCGCAAUAUCUAUGUUCCAUCUCAUGGUGCAUCUCCGGCCGACCUGGCGGACUUUAUGUGGCUUCUUAAGUUUGGUGGGCCAGAGCAAUGGUAUGAGAGACCAGAACCAGUUAAGCUGGACCGGAUGACUGUUCUUAAUGCUGUUGGAUGUCUACGAUGUCCACCAGAUGAGCUGAAGGCUCUCGACAAUCCUCGACCGUUGUCUCUUGAUGUCCCUCAGAUAUGGGUCUCCGCAGCCUUGAACACUCCCACCGAUGAUAAUGUAUUUGACUGCAUGGCCGGUCACGGAGACUUUGCUGGAAAGUGCAAUCAAUGUACCGUUGGGAAGCGUGAGGCUCUCGAGAAAACCUCACUGGUAUACACCCUCGUCCUAUCGACAUUCUAGGCGAAUGAGUAUUACUCUGGCAAGAACAGCCUGUCUGGGAAUGGAAAGAACAUUUACAAGAUGAUUCGAUGUGGUGGAAGAGAAGCAGCUGCUGCUGCCGCCUUCUAUGCUGCUGGCGUUGAUGGAUGGAGUGUGGUCUUCUCCUGUGUUAUGGUUGAGGGAGAGACUGAGUUGAGAGGUAAUGGUGUUAGUGUUGAGAGGGUGAAUGACUUGUGGCGACUUGCAGACAGGCAGCAA